GCCGCCGGGGCCUGCUGGCGGAAGGGGAAGUGAGGGGGGCAGGCGACGGUGGGGAAGAUGGCGUACCAGAGCUUGCGGCUGGAGUACCUGCAGAUCCCACCGGUCAGCCGCGCCUACACCACGGCCUGCGUCCUCACCACCGCCGCCGUGCAGUUGGAAUUGAUCACACCUUUUCAGUUGUACUUCAAUCCUGAAUUAAUCUUUAAACACUUUCAAAUAUGGAGAUUAAUCACCAAUUUCUUAUUUUUUGGGCCAGUCGGAUUCAAUUUUUUAUUUAACAUGAUUUUUCUAUAUCGUUACUGUCGAAUGCUAGAAGAAGGCUCUUUCCGAGGUCGGACAGCAGACUUUGUAUUUAUGUUCCUUUUUGGUGGAUUCUUAAUGACCCUUUUUGGUCUGUUUGUGAGCUUAGUUUUCUUGGGCCAGGCCUUUACAAUAAUGCUCGUCUACGUGUGGAGCCGAAGGAACCCCUAUGUCCGCAUGAACUUCUUCGGCCUUCUCAACUUCCAGGCCCCCUUUCUGCCCUGGGUGCUCAUGGGCUUUUCCUUGUUGUUGGGGAACUCAAUCAUUGUGGACCUUUUGGGUAUUGCAGUUGGACACAUUUAUUUUUUCUUGGAAGAUGUAUUUCCCAAUCAGCCUGGUGGAAUAAGAAUUCUGAAAACACCAUCUAUUUUGAAAGCUAUUUUUGAUACACCAGAUGAAGAUCCAAAUUACAAUCCACUACCUGAAGAACGGCCAGGAGGCUUCGCCUGGGGUGAGGGCCAGCGCCUUGGAGGUUAAAGCAGCAGUGCCAAUAAUGAGACCCAGCUGGGAAGGACUCAGUGAUACCCACUGGGAUUCUUUUAUCCUUUGUUGCAAAAGUGUGGACACUUUUGACAGCUUGGCAGAUUUUACCUCCAGAAGCACUUUAUGAAAUGGUACACUGACUAAUCCAGAAGACAUUUCCAGCAGUUUGCCAGUGGUUCCUCACUACGCUGGUACUGAAAGUGUAAUUUCUCGGAGCCAAAAAACUGGAGAAACAAAUAUCCUGCCACCUCCAACAAGUACAUGAGUACUUGAUUUUUAUGGUAUAAGGCAGGGCCUUUUCUUCCUCUUGAUAGAUGAGGCCAUGGUGUAAAUGGAAGUUUCAGAGAGGACAAAAUAAAACUGAAUUCCAUUUUUCUCUCACUGUAUUAAAGCUUUUGUGUGUGAUCUUUUAAAUUCUGAUAAUGUAUUGUAGCUCUCCUGCGUAGAUCUGAGCUCAGAACAGUUUACACAGCUGUUCUUCUGUGUCUUCACAACUUUUAACUGGAUUUCAUUUCAGGAUUGGAAAUACGUGGCUGUCAUGCUGUGGUUGUGUACAUCUUACUAAUUCAGAAUGCAAGAUUCACCAGGAAGAUGAUUUAUUUCUGUCAUCUGGAUAGGUUGUUUCCAUCUGGGUUUUGCAAAACUGUCAGACAAUGUGGAAAAAAAGGAGGGAGGAUGCUUCUUGUAGCAGUAGGAAUUCAGCUAUAGGAAAGUCAGCUGUAAGCUAAUGUGGCAUCUUAUUUGCUUUGCUUACAUUUCUCCAUUAAGAAGUAUCCAGGGAAGGAUUGCUAAGGGCCACAUUUUUGGAAAACUAGGAAGAUUUUCAUUGGACUUUUUUUUUUCUUUUCUUUUUAAAAAAGUUUUAAUUAAAAAAAAAUUUUUUUUUAAUAGAGAUGGGGUCUCACUGUGUUGCCCAGGCUGGUCUUGAACUCCUGGACUCAAGAAAUCCUCCCACCUCAGCCUCCCAAAGUGCUAGGAUUACAGGCAUGAGCCACCCAGGCUUUUUAAAAAAAAUUUUUUUGCCUUUUUUUUUUUUUAAUUAAAAAAAAUAGAGACAGGGUCUCAGAUUUUCAUUCGAUUUAGAAAACAAGUUAGAAUGUUGACUUUGGAGCCAGAUGAACCGAUACCAGUUAGCCAGGCACAUGUUCUUCCAGGGUCUUUGGCUAGGUAACAUUAGUGAUUUGCUUCAUGAAAAUUCAAGAACCUUUUCAGAACCAAGUACCUAGAUUACCUUCCCAAUCAGGUAGAACUUAAGACAGGGUCCGCAGAAGUAGACACUUAAUGCUGUGGUUCAAUAAAUACCUCCCCUAAGUAUUAAGUCUUCCCUGAGUCUCAGCAGGUUUGCAUUCACACUGCUUAAGUAACUCACAGAACCUGGAAGAGCACCGCUAGGAAAGAGAUGAUUCCAAACAGCUUUCAUUAACAGUGUGUAUGCACCAGUCCUUUUCCCAAAAGUGGACUGUUAGUAGUAGUUCAACCUUCGUUAAGGGGUAGCUUUCCAGAAUGUGAGAUUGUCCUCAGAAAGACAGACAGAUAUAGGCUUAAACAUAACGGACAUCCUAAAUAGGAAUUUUCAGAUUGUUUUUGAAGUGAAAAGUGUUUUAAUGUCUUUAAAUGGAAUUGCAUAACUAAUGGAAUUUAAGUAUUUUACAUGUUGCUAGUAACUUUGAAUAUGAUUGUUGCAAUUUUAUGGAACCUGGGUCUAUGGGACUGCUUUUUCUUUAAGCAGUUUAAAAAAGGUUUUUAAAGUUUAAAAGCCAGUCUUAGCAUGUAUAAUCCUUACGGGAUUCUUAAGUUUUAUCCUCUUGUUUUUGCUCAAGAAUGCUUUAUCAGUGACGUUUGUUUUGUUUUUUGUUUUUUUAAAUUGUUUUUGGGCUAGAAAUGAGUUUCUCUAGUUUUAUUUGUUCUCCCUGAGUUGAGUUACGCAAUGAAUGGCAUUUUUGUGGUAAAAUGCUGAUCCUAAAAUCUAUUCACUCACUGUUCAUUUAAGUAGGGAAUAUCUGUAUACGUUAAUGACUGGGUAAAACAGGAAAUACGUUUUGAAUAUACAGCCUAAAGGCAGGCAGUUACAGGGUUUUUUGGUUUCUCUGAUUUUAUAGGGUGCAAGUUCCCAGUGGUAGGAUGCCCUGCUGUGCGACUACACUGUGUCCUGAGCAGUGUCACCUCUCAUCAGUUUGGCCAGCCCUACAACCACCAUGCCUAGCCCUGUGUUGCUUGAGAGGAUACCUGUGCUGGAAUGGACAUAAGGAAAAGUCCUUACUUUCCCCCCAAUUUACCUCUCUCAAUCUUAGUUCUUCCAGAACACACUUCCCUUUCCCAAUGCAAAUAAACUAAAAGUGAGAUUUGACGCAUGGAAUUUUGUGACCAACUAACCUUACACAUAAUUUGAGGGAUUCCUGGAUUCUUCCAGUCAUACUGAAAAGCACACUUGACUAAAGCAUAGUGUUUUUUGUUUGCUUGUUAUGGAAAUAUGGUAUACGUUCAUUUAAAAAUAAAUGGACAUACAAAUUGCAUCUCCUUAGGAGAUACAUUUUAUAUACAUUUCCGUGCGUUUUUUCCAGUAUGGAUUUCUAUUUGUUUCUCUCUUCCGCUUGUUUUUUUCUGUGUCACUCCUGUAUGUCCUCUUAUCUUUCAUACCUCUUGUGUAGUCUCUAGAAGCAGAACACCCAAGUCCUGGGUCUGGAUAAUGAAACCCUCUGUCUCUGGGGCCUCUGAAAAUAAGGAAGCAUUGGAGCUAUUGCCAUGUUGAGUAAUGGGCUUCCUAGAACUAUUGUCAUCUAUCCUGCCAGGGUUUUAUGUUGUAGCUGUUUUUCUUUGACAGGUGAGUUCCAGCUAUGUUGUUAGUCAUGAUCCUGCCAUUAUUUUCUGUGUUCUGUAGGAUGUCUCCAGACUACUUAAACAUAUUUUAUGAGUUUGCAAUAAAAUUGUUGAAUCUUGUAUGAUAAGUCACUCCUCUGCUCAGAAAUCCACAGUGACUUCUUAGUAAGCCCCUAUAUUAUAUGCAUACUUGUUUUUUUCUUAACUUUACUUCCACUUCUACCUAACAGGGACCUCAACUUAAGUCUCUUCAGUUCUUCCAGGCCUGGCCUUGUUCCUGAUUCCUCAAAAAAUCUUGACUCUAAGGCCAAUUUUAUUGUCUGUCUCUGAAUCCCUGUAAAGCUUCAAGUCUGUAUGACAUAUUCUUACGCCAAAUUAUAUAUUGUCUUGUACUGUUCCUAGCUGGUACAUGUAUAUUAGUCUUGUCUCCCUCAUGAGAAUGUAAGCUCCUUAAGGGCAGGGACCAUGUCUUAAUUUUUGUAUCCACCACAGUGCCUAGCACAGUGCUUGGCACAUGGGUGCUGAAUAAAUACCUUUGUUUAUUGAUCAGCAAA